AUGCGUAGCCUAAUGGACGACCAAGCUUCUGCUUGGCAUGGAUUUCUUAGGCCUAACGAUGUUUUUGUACUAGACCGUGGCUUUCGGGAUGCGAUUCCCAGUAUUGAACUAUGUGGCUACAACCCUCAGAUGCCACCAACUAGAUCCAGGGGAGAACAGUUGACGACAGCAGAUGCCAAUAAGUCGAGACUCAUUACAAUGACCCGUUGGGUGGUCGAGACCAUAAAUGGUCGAUUUAAAAAAUAUUUUAAAAUCUUUCGGCACGUUUAUUUUAAUGUUUCUUUGCCAAACAUGAUGACAGACUUCAGAAUUACCGCAGCAAUCAUCAACGCAACACGACGUCCGUACGAGGACAGCAUAUACGCUGAACAAUUCAUUACUAUUAUUAAUGAAAAUAUCAAUAGAGAAAAUGAACUGGCGGAGUAUGUGAGGCAGCACAACUUUAAUAGGCAAAGAGUAGCAUUCGAGCCAAUUGAUGCCAAUAAUGCUGCUUUCGAUGACUUUCCACAACCUACUUAUGAAGAUUUAAUUCUGUUUACUUUGGGAAGAUAUCAUUUAAGAAUCGCUCGAUAUGACAAGAAAACAAUACGAAGUUAUUCAUGCUGCCAACAAGAACAUUAAUUAUCCUUGUUAUUCACUUGUAAAAAAGGCAAAGAAAGACUGUUAUCCGCGCGAAGAGUCGAUAAGAGUUACAGAAACAGGUGCUGAAAUAAACUUGCAGGAUC